CGUGUUCCGUUUUAAUGAAGGUGGUUGACGAUAUGCGUCAGUCAUAUGUAAAUCAUAUUAUUCCAAAGGAAACGCACAAUUUUCGUCUUAAGUGAUCAACAACGCCAGCAAACUUGGGGAACAAACUCAAAGUUGGAAAGACCAGAAAAUAUCAUUUCCACCACUUAGCAAAGGAAACAGGAUAUCGUUCACGUUCUUCCUUUAAACUUAUUCAGUUGAACCAUAAAUUCCAGUUCCUGCAGAAGUCCAGGGCUCUUGUGGACUUGUGUGCAGCUCCAGGUGGUUGGUGUCGACUUGGUCCCAAUCGAGGCUAUUCCCAAUGUGGUCGCUCUGACAGAGGACAUCACCACAGAGUAAUGCCGACAGAUAGCAUAAGCACCUAAGGUCAGAGGUCAAAUGAGUGUCAGUGUGUUACUUGACCAUACAGGAUUGCGGUUUAAAUUUUAAAUACUACAAGAUUCUGGCAAUAACGUUGUGGCCAAGAAGGGCUCCGGAACCAAGCUGUGCGGCGUCAAGGGGAAGUUCAAAGUGGUGGACUGCCGCAUGAAGAAGGACAUGCGGGGCAUGCAGAGGAAAGAUCAACGCGAGAGAGGGGGCAAAAAGCAAGCGUGUUUGCGUCAUGAAUUCAGAGGGUAUGGCCCUGGGCUGUCAGAUCGCCACGUCCAAGAAGCGAGAGAGGGACCUGGUAGAUGGCUCCUUUCACAGGUUUGUGAGUUCGGAGGACCAGUGCGAGGUGCUUGAGUGGUUUGUGGAUGACGAGAAAAAACACAGGAAUAAGCCCAUCCUCGUCACCAAGGAGAUGGUGGAGGAGAACAAGGCAAAAUGGAAGGAGAUCAACGCCAGGCCCAUUAAGCGAGUGGCCGAGGCUAAGGCCAGGAAGAAGAGCAGGAUGCUGAAGAAGAUGGAAUCAGCCAAGAAGAAGGCAGAGGCGGUUGUCAGCACAGUGGACAUCGGUGAAAGGGAGAAGAUGGCUCAUCUCAAGAGGUACUGCCAUUUUAAAGAGCUUAAAAGACCUCAAGCGGUACUCCAUUUUAAAGAGCUCAAGAGGUACGACCGCCACCAUAAAAACCACAUGCACCAUAAACAUUUUACACUCCUACAUCUGUGGCAACGACAUGUACCAUCACCAACUUUUACUUUACUAUACCUGUGGCAGCCAGCUACAUCUCCUCUGGCAGUGGCAUGUACCACCACCAUUUUACAUUAGCAAGUGAAGUUCAUCCUCUCUCCGGGCUCUGGCUGGGCAACUCAAGGGCAUUCAAAGACUUGUCCUGAAGCCACUCUUGCAUUGUUUUGGCUGUUUGCCUAGUUUCGUUGUCCUGUUGGAAGGUGAACCUUCCUGAGAACCUGCUCCAGAGCACUCAGGACCCCAUUAAGGAUCUCUCUGUACUUUGCUCUGUUCAUCUUUCCCUCGAUACUGACUAGUUUACCAUGCCCUGCCAGUGAAAAACAUCCCCACAGCAUGAUUCUGCCAAUACCAUGCUUCACCUUAGGGAUGGUGCCAGGUUUCCUCCAGGCGUGGUGCUUGGCAUA